AUAGUAAACCUAUCCUCAAAGAAUUAAUGUACGGAAGAACGCGUAUUUAUACCGCACUUCCACCUGGUUCUUCCCAUUCUCCAACGAGUUCCAAAUCUUCACCUACUGCGUCCUCGUCUCCACUUUAUUGGCAAUGGCAAUCCGCGACUUCAAGCACUGGAGUUCCAGAAGAAAAAAGUAAGGUAUCCAGUUUCGUUGGGAGUAUCAAACAGAGCUUGAGUGCCAUGUUUCUUCCAGUUGGCUAUCCAGAGACGGUCCAUGAGUGCUAUGCUAAAUUCCAUAUCUGGCUGGCUUUAGAAACGUUUAUAGGAUCAUCGACGGGUGUUUUAUGUAGUCAGGCAAUGCUUUCUUCUUUAGGUUUAGGUCACGCAGAAGCUGCGGCUGGUGCGGUUGCGAUUCAAUGGGUUCUUAAAGACGGAUUUGGCGAAAUAGGAAAAUUAUUUUUUAUAAAAAGAUUCGCAUAUUCCUUUGAUUCACACCCUAAAUCAUGGAAAAUGAUUAGUGAAAUAUUUGCUAUCACAGGAUACUUUCUCCAGCUAUGCACAUGCAUAGCAAAGAAUUCUCUUUUCUUACCGUUAGCGUCUUUGGGAAAUGCUUUUGAGAGCAUUCAAUACAGUAUAUUUGGAGCUACACAUAUGGCGUUUAUCCGAAACUUUGCUCUUUCUGGAAAUGUUGGCGAUAUUGUGGCUAAAGAUGAUGCGCAAAUGUCUCUGGCGCACUUGCUUGGAAUGCUUUGCGGUAUUGGCAUGAUUACUAUUUCUCACGAUCCGGCCUUUUUGUUUGGCUGUUUCACUAUCCUUGCACCCAUCAACAUGUACGCUACUUUAGCACUUUUGAACUCGGCACAAUUUGAGAUUUUGAACCAGGCGAAACUAUCAUUAAUUGGCAGACAAUAUAUCGAUUGUGGUAAAGUUCCAACUAUGGAAGAACUUAAGGAUAGAGAAAUUGGUUUUGGAGAAUGGGUCAAACCGGGGAAGAGUCCUAUAGGUGUUAAAAUACAUUUAGGAGUUCCUGCAUCAGAUGCGUUCCGCAAAACUGAAGAUGUAAUGGAUUCUUUGGACGUAUUAGGGAAUGAAAAUUAUUUACUAAACUAUCAACCACAUUCCAACACAAUUGAUAUUCUUUACCAUUCUGAUGCCGAAUCCAACGACGUGAUAAAGUCCAUACUUCAUUCGCUUAAAUUUCACGACUAUGUAACUAAACAUAAUAUGGCACAAAUGAACUCUGAAGACAUAACUCAGCGUAUCAGAGAGUCAAUGCGAGAAAGCCAUAAGUGGACGAAUGAAAACUUUGGAAGGUUUGUGGCGGAAUUAGAUGACAAAGAUUGGCAGAGUGAUGUGAUUUUUUGGUCAGAUAA